AGUUGUAACAUUCAGGGGUAGUCUCCCCUAAAGGCGACUCCUUGUGCAAAAUGACCUCUUUGUGUUUCGCUCGAACCAGAUGGUUGACGAUAUGUGAUGCUGAAGAAGAUCCACGACCAUUGCAAAACCACUUCUGGCAUAUGAGACAGCGAACGACUGAGGCUGGUGCAUGUAUGCCACAGUAGCUGCACGCCCACUCGGGCAGCUCGACAUUCUCUUUCGAGUCGUCCAAGUUUCCAUCAAGGUUCCCAUCUAUGUCCUCCAACGCCUCAGUUUUGGCGGUCAAGGAUAUAUUCUGCAUUUGUGCCGCCACCAAGUCCGGUGUGACAGAGUGGGGAUGAUUUCCUGAUGCAUGUGCAGCGUGAUUGUGGAGAUUCGGUAUUGCACUGUUCAUGGUAUAUCCCGAGUAUAGCGACGUAGUAUCGUCAAAGGCGAGUGCAUAUUGGGAUGCACCUUCAAAAUGUUCGAACGCAUCCAUCGUCGUCGUCGUCGUUGUUUGUGUCGAUGAGUUCAGUUUGAAGGAGACUAGUCCCUAACUCAGGGUGCCACAGCUUAGGAUUUUGUCUCCGAGUCUGGUGAAUGCUCUCCCGUUCGAAAUUAUGCAUCGGCGGGUCGGCCUCUUUCUUGUCUCGAUCCAUCUGCUUGACUUGACGGUCUGCGCAUUACAGCUCGGGAUUUGCUUUUGGGACUCUGCCUGUUGUGGAAACUUGAUCAAAUAAGCUAGGAAGCUCUUCCGUAGCAGAUGAAGCUCACCGAAGCCAUCUCGCGGGAUGAUGCCUCCACCAUCCACCCAUACUAUACCCUAGAGUUUUUUCCACCACGUACAGACUCUGGAUUUGAGAAUCUGUUGACUCGCCUAUCUCGACUGUCAGUUCUGAAUCCAAUUGGAUUGACGAUAACAUGGGGUGCUGGAGGGUCUACAAAGCAGCGUAGUCUGGAUCUGGCUGAAGCCGCUCUGGGUGAAAACCCUGUUACGAUCCUCCACUUAACUUGCACAAAUAUGGAACGGGAUAUGUUGGAUGAUACUCUUGAUAAUGCCAAAGCUCGAGGUAUCCAGAAUAUUCUAGCCCUCCGCGGAGAUCCGCCACGAGGAGAGGAGUACUGGAUUCCAUGUGAUCCUCAGUUCCAGCACGCGUCCGACCUCGUGAAGUAUAUUCGGAAGCGCGAUGGGGAUGAAUUCUGCGUUGGGGUAGCCGCCUACCCUGACGGUCACAGUUUAGAUGAAGAUGCCGAAAUCGCGAAUCUCAAGCUUAAAGUGGACGCCGGUGCCGAUUUCAUCAUCACCCAACUGUUCUACGACGCGGACGGUUUCUUGAUGUGGCUGAAGAAAGUGCGCGAGUCCGGUGUUGAGGUACCCGUACUUGCGGGUGUGAUGCCGAUCCAGUCGUACGCCUCCUUUCUCCGUAUGACCAAACUAUGUGCAAGUCGGGUUCCACCAUCAUUAAUUGCCUCACUGGAGCCCAUCCGGCACGACGACGAGGCCGUGAAAGAGUUUGGAGUGGAAUUCGCCACUGACAUGAUCCGCACCAUCACAUCCCCGAAUCACAACGGUCCCACUGUCCAGGGAAUUCAUUUCUGCACAUUGAACCUUGAGAAGAGCACGUGGCGGAUAUUGGACAAUCUGGGAUGGAUCGGCACGACUGCCCACGUCCUAGAUGAAGGAAAGAACCGUCUGAUCCAGCCGGACUCUAACGUCCGUCCCUCCUCAGCCUCCCUGUUGAUCACACCGCAUGAUGCGGCUUCGGCUGCCACGCCCAAGGAAGCCGAAGACACAGGCCCUAUAUCGCACACCACCACUACCUUGCCAGCACUGCCAGCCAACCAAGCAGUCACCUGGGAUGACUUCCCAAAUGGUAGGUUUGGCAGCGCGGAUAGUGCCGCGUUCGGGGUCAGGGACCCGUACAAGAAUGAACUAGGGAUGACUGCAGCCGAAGUACAUCGAUUGUGGGGGCAGCCAGAGACGAUCGAAGACCUCAACGCGAUGUUCCUCAAGCAUCUUCGUGGCCAUUCGCCGUUUUCAACAACUCCCUGGUCCCCGAACCCCAUCGCGGCCGAGACCAAAUUUAUCCUUCCGCGACUCAUCGAAUUCACAUCGAAGGGAACGUGGACAGUGGCCAGUCAGCCAGCGGUAGACUGCAUGCCCAGCGACGAUGAGGUAUUUGGCUGGGGCCCGAAGGAUGGCUUCGUUUUCCAGAAAGCAUUCUGCGAAUUCUUCUGCGAGUUUGUGACUCUUGAGCGCUUGAAGCAUAAGGCCGCCGCACUGGAUACUGUGAAAUUCUUCGCUGCUAAUGCCAAGGGCGAAAUGAUGACAAACAUGGCCCCCGGCGAAUCGAAUGCUGUAACUUGGGGUGUGUUCCCAGGCAAAGAAGUCAUGCAGCCCACGGUUAUUGAACGCUCAGCAUUCCAAGCGUGGGCGGAGGAAGCAUUUGGAAUCUGGUCAGAAUGGGCGCUGUUCUUCCCUCCGGCAUCGACGACACGUCAGCUACUGGAGCGGGUGCGUGACGAGCGCUGGCUUGUGAGCGUCUGUCACCACGAUUUCAAGAACCCAAACGAUCUCUGGGAUCUUCUACUCGAGACAUGACACCGGAAAGCGAUCCGACUGAUGGGGGUUUGUAUGGGUACAUCGACGAUGCCGCUUAUUUUGAAUGAUGUGAGAUGAGAAGGAAGGAGGGGGAUUGCAUGGUCUGUAAUCUGUCUUGCCUCCUCUGAGCAUGCGUAGAAUGAAGAAAUGUAGCAAGUAUGAAUGUAGAUUUUGG